UACCCCACCCAUUAUCUCAAGUUUGAACUUGAUCUAAAAAGCAUGCAAUGUUUUUUCUUUUGAAACGACGUUGAGAAAUAAAGUGGGAACUUUUGGAAUACAUGCAGCUCAUUGGUAGUGAUCUUCCAUGAUGCGUUAAUUCCGCGGUGACAUUUUGCUACCCAGGUUUAACCGUUGAUGACUUGUUGUACUAUGUGACAUUUGAGAUGAAUGAGAGUGGGGACAACAUUCUUGAAAUUGAUUUUUUGUCCGAGAUAAAAUUGGAGGGCGACACGGAGAUAAAGAUGGGAAUGGAAGUUGUCUAUUCUCAGGAGUUUUUGCCAACCUAUGAGACUAUACCUGAGGGGGCAUCAGUGCCCAAAGUGGAGAAGGCUGAGUUCAACGGCAAAUCGGACUCUCUGUUCUUCAAUGAUGGGGUUAGACGGAUCGACUUUGUCUUAGUCUAUGAAGAUGAGGACAUGAAGGAGAUCGACAAGAAUAGAACGUUCCAGAAACGUAAACAAUGGAGAGAGUACUUUGAGGCCAGCUUGAUGAAAAUGGGGAUGGAACUAGAGGCUGCCAGAUCUGUGGUGGAUGAGAAGCUGUUGUUCGUCAAGGUGCACAUGCCCUGGGACGUGCUGUGUACCUACGCUGAGGUUCUCCACAUCAAGCUGCCCAUUCAGCCCAAUGACCUGUCCACCAUUUCCUCGCCCUUCAACUUCCUCAGUUGUAUCACCAAACACUUCUACCCCAGCGAGGACCUCAUAGCGAAGGAGACGGAGUACUUCACCGCCCCAUUCGAGAAGGACAGACUGGAGUACUUCUACGUGAAGGACCGGGACCUCUUCUUCACGCCGUCCAUGAGGAGUAGAAUGGCCUACUACAUCCUCAGCCGAGCCCCCUAUGAGGUGCGAGGGAACAUCAAGAAGUUUGGUGUCACCAAGCUGCUCGAUGGGGGGGUGUACAAGGCUGCUUAUCCCCUGCAUGAUUGCAGAUUCAACGUCAGGUCGAAGGAAGAUGAGUGCCCCAAUGAGAGAUACCUCCUGUAUUACGAGUGGGCUCACCCUAAAAGUUUCUAUAAGAUGCAGCCACUUGAUCUCAUAAGAAAGUAUUAUGGGGAGAAGAUUGGCAUUUACUUUGCUUGGCUGGGCUUCUAUACAGCCAUGCUCGCCCUCGCUGCUAUUGUUGGACUUGGCUGUUUCAUUUAUGGGUACACGAUUCAAGAAACAAGCACCUGGAGCAAAGAGGUGUGCGACCCUUUGAUUGGAGGAAAUAUUGUGAUGUGUCCGCAGUGUGAUAAGGAGUGCACAUACUGGAGGCUCAACAGCACCUGUGAAUCUUCUAAAAAACUGUGCAUAUUUGAUAACUAUGGGACGCUCGUGUUUGCUGUCUUUAUGGCCAUUUGGGUGACCGUGUUUCUGGAGUUCUGGAAGCGCUACCAGGCAGAGCUGGAGUAUGAGUGGGACACCGUGGAGUUCCUGGAGCAGGAGGAGCAACCUCGUCCCGAGUAUGAGGCCAAGUGUAACCACGAGAGAAUCAACCCUGUCACACGGGCAAAAGAGAAAGUACCUUAUACAGCCUGUGGACGGUGUAUAAGAGUGUCUUUAGGAAUUGGGACUGUCUUAUUCUGGAUUGUGUUGAUCCUAGCGUCAGUGGUGGCCAUCAUCGUAUACCGACUGGCAGUGUUCUUCUCAUUUUCGACGAGACUCCAGUCUGACCUAAAGGAGCUCGAACCGUUUAAGGAGUAUGUGACCGCCCAAAUGGCCACCUCCGUCACUGCCUCUAUCAUCAGCUUCGUAGUAAUCAUGGUGCUCAACAUCCUGUAUGAGAGGGUUGCCAUCUGGAUCACUGACUUUGAGCUACCAAGGACCAAGACGGAUUAUGAGAACAGUCUGACUCUGAAGAUGUUCCUGUUCCAGUUUGUCAACUACUACUCCUCCUGCUUCUACAUUGCCUUUGCCAAAGGGAAAGUGGUUGGUUACCCUGGACAACCUGUUUACCUGCUGGGCAAGUACAGGAAUGAGGAGUGUGAUCCAGGAGGAUGCCUGAUUGAAUUGACAACCCAGCUUACUGUCAUCAUGGGUGGUAAAGCCAUCUGGAAUAACAUUCAGGAGGUGUUGCUGCCGUGGAUGAAGAAUUUGAUAUUCCGCUACUGCACACGUGUGGGGUCUGAAAAGGUGAUUCCUCGCUGGGAGCAGGACUAUCAGCUGCAGCCCAUUGGGAAGCUGGGCCUCUUCUAUGAAUACCUGGAGAUGGUGAUCCAGUUUGGUUUUGUGACUCUGUUUGUGGCCUCCUUCCCCCUGGCUCCUGUCCUGGCUCUGGUCAAUAACCUCUUUGAGAUCCGGGUGGACGCCUGGAAGAUCAUCACCCAGUUCCGCCGCAUGGUUCCAGAGAAGGCCCAAGACAUCGGGGCGUGGCAACCCAUUCUCCAAGGUGUCGCCAUUUUGGCUGUGGCAUCAAAUGCCAUGAUCAUUGCCUUCACAUCAGACAUGAUCCCACGAUUGGUUUACUACUGGUCUUUCUCUGUGUAUCCCUAUGGAGACCAUUCCAGUCACACCAUGCAGGGCUACAUCAACAACACCCUCUCUGUGUUCGACAUCCAGGACUUCUCCAACCAGAGCCGGCCCUUGCAAACACCUUACUGGUUCAAUAACAGCACCACCUGCAGAUAUCGAGAUUUCAGAUACCCACCAGGACACCACAGACAAUAUGAAUACAGUAUCUACUACUGGCAUGUGAUAGCUGCCAAGAUGGCUUUCAUAAUAGUUGUAGAGCACAUUGUAUACCUGACCAAGUUCGUUCUGUCCUACGUGAUCCCGGACGUGCCUUACACAGUGAGGGAACAGAUCAAACGAGAGAAGUACUUGAGCCAGGUCAUCCUUCACGAGACCAACCUCAAACUGGUGACCAAACGCUUAAAGCCUGUCGGUGAUAAGAUACUUAAACACAAUGAGGACAAGGAGGAGGAGAUUAUGGACCUUUACUUUUAAUCUGCCUUUGUCAGGACCUACCAUAUUUCCAAGUAUUGUUGAGCAGCUAAAGAUGUAUUCAAUACAUGUUUUAAUAGCUUUAAUUAAUAUGAAUUAAUAUUAUUAGUAGCUUAAUAGCUUGGUGGGGACUACGACUAACCAAACCAGCCAUGAAGCUCAGCUCUGUUGCUCAAAUCUCUGGAUCUAUUGCAUAUUUAGCACUUUUAUGUCACUGAUUGUUACAUGUACACUGUUACAUUUAAUGUGUCUUGUAUUUUUACAAUGAUGACAUUUUUUGGAGGUCUUAACUUAGACACUUCUGGGAGGAACACAACAGUGCCUGGGUGUUACAUACAGCACAUGUAUACACUGUUACAUUUAAUGUGUCUUGUAAUGUUAAAAUUCAGAUUCAAUGCCAUAUGGAAGACUAUGAAUGACAACAAUACUUUUCUUCUUUAAACAAAGCAUACAGAUUUUUAUACAAUUUGUGGCCUAGGCCUAUCCAAAAAUGUCUAAUACUCAAGGUGUGCUGGAUUUAGUCAGGAAUAAUUCCAAAAGCUCAAAUUGCAUGAACCAGGCAAGCCAUCAAGUAUGGAAGCUCGUUCCCGCCACCCAGGAAAAAAUAUCUGACUACGAGUUAUGAGAUACUAAGGUAUAAUUAUGAGAUAGAAAGUCAUAAUUAUGAGAUAGAAUGUCUGGAUCAUGGACAUUGAAUAGUCCUGCAGGUCGACCCCUUUUAAAGGGGCAAUCUGGGAUUCACACAAUAACAAAGCUUCUCCCACCACAGCUGAGGAAUGGGGCAGGAGAAAUGUAACCAAUCUCAAAUACAUAGAAACAAGGACUCACAUAUGGAUGCAGGACUGACCAUCCAUCAGAUACAAAUUAUAUUUUUAACCAUGUUUUGAAGCAAUACUGUGUUGUUUACAAUUACAUUGUUUACGCACAAUAGAGUAAACCAAUCUUAUAUUUUG